AUGCCUCCAUAUGAAGCACUCUAUGGAAGGAAAUGUAUAACACCUCUAUGCUGGGCAGAGACAGGUGAGAGGAAGGUAAUUGGAUCAGAUUUGGUUGAUGAUGCUUCAAGCAAAAUCAGAAUGAUCAGGAAUAGGUUGCUAGCAGUACAAGAUAGGCAGAAAAAGUAUUAUGAUGCUAAGCACCGUUCUGUGGAAUUCAAUGUGGGAGAUUUUGUUUUAAUAAAUAGCAGGCCUAUGAAGGGUGUACUUCGUUUUGAUCAGGUUGGCAAACUCAGUCCCCGCUACAUUGGACCUUUUGAGAUUGUGGAAAGGAUUGAGAAUGUAGCCUACAGAUUGGCUUUACCAGCUACAUAUGCUGUCCACAAUGUGUUUCAUGUUUCUUCUCUAAGGAUGUUUAUAUCAGAUGAUACUUCUAAGAUCAUAACAGAAGAUGUAAAUAUACAGCCACAUCCUACAUAUGUUGAAGAAUCAGAUCAUAUCUUGGAGUUCAAUUUGAAAAAACUAAGGAGCAGGGAGAUAUCUUUUGUUAAGGUUCUAUGA